AUGUCGGGAAGCUGUGCCGUACCACUGUGCCUUCCUAACAACUGCAGGUGGGACGAACAGACUGGUGAAUAUAGCAAGGCUGGAGGGGAAAGGCAAAGCCUCUAUGUAGUCGACAAAGCUCUCGAAAGGCUAAGAAGCAUCAAAGGUAACCUGCAAUCCUCUUUAAAUUUUCGUGUGACAUUUCCUCUUGUUAUGCUACCCAUUCUUUUACUCUUCCUAGCUCUUCCUUCUUUUUUUUCUUGUGUAAUCCCCAGGUAGCGAUCGAUAAAUCACGAGUGAUGUUGUAGCUUAUUCAGUAAACGGCGGGCUGUUUUUCACUACUUUGUUAUAUGUUGUUGUGGACUUGAAGGUGGACAACGUUCACUGAAUUGAAAAAGAGGGCAAUACAUUUUUGAGCAACGCAUGUCAACUGGAAGUAAGGCAUUUGCUUUUUCCAAGCCUUGACACUAGUACAUUUUUAAUUGCUAAGUGUUUUUACUCUUAUAAAGACGACUUUCUAAAAAAGAAUAGGCAAAACCAAUGCCUAUAUAAGAAUGCAGAAAGUCUACUUUUAGCUGACAUGCGUCGCCGGCUCAAAAACGAUAACACCGUUCGGAUGCGGAUCCAGAAAGUUAAGGAAGAGAGGGCCGCAAAGGACUUUCCAGGUUGAUAGAUACUAUUUUCAUUUAUUGGCUUACUCUGUCCGGAAAACAAACACUUUUUAGGUGAUUAAAUCAUCAACGAACGUAAAUGAUUUAGAGGUAUUGAACUUAAUUACCAUCAGGAUAGUUAUUUAUAACUGGUUUCUAGCCAUAAUCUUUCAUUGCUUUUAUUAUUAUUAUUAUUAUUAUUAUUAUUGUUAUUAUUAUUAUCAUUAUUCUGAGCAUUGGGGUUUUUAGUUGAGAUCUUGAGAUCUUUCGUACACACACUAACUUAAUUUCCAACUCCAUUUAGGUCCCGUUUGUGUGGUGUCAAUUGCUGGGCCUUGUCGCAAAGGCAAAUCGUAUAUCCUCAGCAAAGUAUUUGACCAAGGGGAGGUUUUCCCUCUUGAACACUUUCUGGACCCAGAGACGAUGGGUAUCUGGAUGUGGGUUGUGCCAGAAAAGUUGACAGUAAGCUUUUAAUGAUAAUGACGUCUAGUACGAUAUAUAAACUGCUGAUACAUCCAGCACAGUAAUGUUGGCGAUGACUUGAAAAGACAGAUCUAACCAACUAUUUCGUGCGCAUGGUUUGCUUGUCUACCUACACAAGUGCCCUUGUCGAUAGCCUAAUAUCUAUGAAAUGCUGAUAGCGCAUAUUAGUUCAGAGUUCCUAAGGCCAAUUUUUCAGACUCUGGGCCUGAAAAGUCUUGCUCCAUCUCUCGAAACGCAUUAUUAUUUAUUGUACAUUAUUUUCUGUAUGAAGCCCAACCCAUCGAAACCUAUUUUCCUUUCAAUGUAUAGGACGCCAGUGGCCAGGAAUUUACAGUAGUGCUGUUGGACUCGGAAGGAAUCGAUGCGCUGACCAGUGAUGGUUCCGAUGAUCACUGUAUAUUCACUUUGACCAUUUUACUGGCCUCAGUUUUGAUUUACAACUCAGCUGGUGUUCCUACCCGGACUGACCUUGAUGGACUUGAGUAUCCUUAAACAGCUAAUACUUCUAUCGUACUUACUUGUGUAAGGUUAUUAGUAACCUUUGUAGUGAAACAACACUCAUUUAGCCGUGUAUUGAAAAAAAAAAAAAGAAUAAUACGGAUCGCAUUCAAAGCGAUCUCUUUAAGAAGGACUUAGCCGGAACAAGAACUAAGUUUCUGCUUUAGAGAGGUGCCCGUUUCAUACACAGUCGGGCAAAUUAAAGAUAAAGCUGUCGGAACAACAGCAGGACCAACCCUAGGCAUCCUUUAAAGUGAGGUGUACGUCUGCUAAGAAAGAAUUGAUUGGCAAAUAUAAGAGAUAACGGGAGUUUAUAUAUGGAUAUAGUUAACAUUCCUUAAUGAUUCAAAGCUUCAUAGUGAAACUUUCUCAGCGAAUUCAGCUUCACUCAUCUGAUUCAACCGCCUCAGCAUUGCAACAGAAUGAAGAUGCAAACCUUUUCCACAAAACCUUCCCAUUCUUCAUUUGGCUGUUAAGACAAGUUGUGCUUGCACUCCCUAAAGAUUGUCACAAUAUCAAGGAGUAUUUUCUGACAAGGGUAAACGGAAAAUCAUUUACAAAGAGUGUGUUGAUAUAGCUCAGGAGACUGCAUAAGAAAACACUCAGCCACCACUAGUUUCACCGCGAAAUGACGCAUGAGAAACGGGUAACUGAGAAAUUCCAUAAACUGAUGACGUAGGGUGUCACUACGCAGCUGAUUGGUAGAGCCGUCAGGGUAACGUGCUUCAACCAGUCAUAGGCACUUCUCAAAUCUUUUUGUUAGCUUAGCUCAAGAAGAUUUUUGAUAUCUUGAGCAUCUGAUUAGAAUCAUAUUCAUCGUCGUUGAAGGGAAAGAAUUCACACAUGAGAAUCGAGCGUUAAAAUAGGUUCAUAAAAACACUCUCACUUGCCAAACAACUCACAGAAUGUUCGCACAUUGCACGGAGUCUAACAAAUCCUUUUCGGCAGUUAAUGGUAGAUCUGUUUGGUAUAUAACCUAGAAAUAACUUUCGUCAUCGUACUGCAAGCUGUUUAAUAGCGCGUUAAAAAAAAAUUAAGUGUAUCAACAAAAAAUGUAGAAGUGCUAAUGUCAGCUAACUUACCACCUUUUUUUUCAAUCGAUAGGUAUUCAACUCAUCAGCAGACUCAAAAGGUGAAGUUGCAUCUAAAGUGGCCGAGAGCAUUUUGAAUUUCUUUCCUGGAUUUGAGGCCUUUAAACUUCCUCCUCCUUCUUCUGACCCAGAAGUUGUAUUAAAUCUUAAUCGAGAAGAGGUGCAGGGUGACGUAAACAAGUCGUUUGUGCGGGGAGUGGAAGAAUUCAAGGGGAUGCUGAGGUCCAAGUUAACGCCCAAACGCAGCUUUCAUGAUGGAGAAUAUGUAACUGGCGAAGGUAAUAACUGAAAAUGUCAUUCUAUUCUCAGAUAUGCACAUCGUGGCUCUUCUUUAUGUUCUUUUGUUCGUUAUAAUCUAUUUUCGCUGGUUUCAGGUUUCCAUUAAUGUGAAAAGCACGACAUUGACAUAUAGUAAUACCUUUUUCGUUAUUUUCACGAUGAAGAACACUGCGUCUGGUCAUUUAUAAAGGAAUUUUCAAUAAAGUUCAGAUAUAACACGCCCUCUGAUUGGUUGAAAGCGUGCUUUAUGAGAGUAUAAAACAAGGAGCUAAAGUUUGCUUUAAAGAGCUAGAAAGUGAUGCGUGAGGAAUUUAACGGUUUCUAGAGCACUCAAGACGUAGGGAGAAGCAUUCGACAAAGUCUCGUGUUUUACCCUGCCUUUCGCUCGUGCUCUUGCUGCUUCCUGCGUGCUUCAAUGGUGCUUUACAACAUGUAAAACGGAGAAAAUUCAAGGCUUCUUUAUUUUUUAAGUAAAUGGUAAGUUGUGGCAUUUUAUUUUUGUAUGGCUGUUGAAUCAAGUAGAUUGACCUGAGAGUCUCUAGAUGUAUCUAUCCGAUUGACGAAAGGCUAGGAGAUAUCAUUGUAUCAUAACCUUGAUCAUUUUCUGAACUUGUUUUUUUAAGCUCUAGCAACUCUCGUCAAUAUUUACGUUGAUGCAUUGAACACUCCUGGAACAGUUCCUAGUGUACAGAGCGCCUGGGAGACCUUUGUGCAUGCCAAGUGUUCCGAGGCAAAAGCUAUCGCCACGCAGAUCUAUCAAAGCGCAAUGUCAUCUCAGCUAGGUGGAACACUGCCUCGUGAUAGUUACGAGAUUCGCCAAGUUCAGCAAGCGGCCAUUGAAGAAUGUAUGUUUAAGUUUCAAGCUGAAACAGUUGGAGUGUCUGCUUUAAGCAGUGAAAAGUACCUGGAUGAACUGACGGUAGGGAGUAUUAUGAGAUCUCCCCAUGCAAGGAAAUCCGGAUUCCGGAAUCAGUUAAAAUUUUACUUGUGUAAUAUGGAAUCCUAGGCUUGGAGUUAACGAUUGGAAUCCAGAAUCCACGGUGUGGAAGUGAAAAUCGAAGACUAGAUUCCACAUAGACAUAGGGGGAUGGGUGGGGGGGGGGGGGGGGGGGGGGGGUAGCUAGUAGGGCAGAGAUGGAAAAUGUGUGGAAAAUGUUUCUAGUGAUAGUUUGGAGUCAGGUGACGAGUUGUGUGUGAAGGAGGAAGAUAAGAAUCCGGGAAUAAGAUUGUAGACAGUAGGUUGAGAACUAGAUUUAUUAUGUGAGUAGUGGGGCAGGUGGGGGGGUUGGUGGGGUGAUAAGGAGUCACAUCUCUGUGGUUUGUAAAUUAUGGCCCAUGUAAUUCAAAGUGAAAGUGGCUCAUGUCCACUGAAUUUCUGGAGUGCAUUAAACCUAACAUCUGACGAAACUGCUAACAUCUGGCGCAAGAAAACAGAGUUUGAUUAGGCUGAACGUCAGACGUAGCGGUAAACCACUGGCCCUAAAAUAAGAAUUUGACUGGGCUCAUUGUCAAACAUUACUUGCUAAGUCCGACGUCAACAUUUAUGCAACUGGCCCGUGAUCCUUACAAAAAAAAAACAUAGAAAAGAGACAGUGUAAAAUAAGGAAAAAAAUAAAAAUAAACGCACACCUUUCUCUACCCAUAGGAGCACAUGGAAAAUUGCCUGACGCAUUGGCUGGAGGAGAACAAUCAUUUAACAAGAGAAGAGUGUCAGAAGCUGCUGCGUGAUCUGAAAGGGCAGCAUUUGGAUCCUAUCCUGAGACAGCUCAGUGGGAAAGAUGGAGCUUCUGUCACUUUCGCUCAAAUAAUUGGAGGUUACUCUGCUAUUGAGCAAGGAUUUAAAACUCAUUCUAGAGGAGCCAAGGAUGUGUGUUCUCAGAUGUUUUACGAGUUCCAUCCGGUAAGUUUACGUGUUCAAAUUCCAUGUUUAGGAGAAUUAAAAAAAAUAUAUGUUUUUUUUUUCAGAUUGAGUUAUUAGACAGGUUAAAAAAACAUCAAUAAUGUGCAAUGUUCUCGAACAUUUACCUUGAAUGGCCUUUAGUUUACGAGCUCAGAGAUGCCCUCUCCCACGGACUUGAAAACCCUUCAGGAGGCACCAUCUCUCAAAUCUGAGUCUUAUAAACUACAUCCUGGACGUGCCUAACAAGUCGUAUUGGUAUAUGAUCUUGUGUCAUUUCUCGCUAGAAAACUGAUAAGAAACACACUUAGUAGAUGGGAACAUCUCAAGGACUUUUAGCAAAACUCCUUUUAUAUUUACUACUAUCAGGUCCUAAGAUUGCAUAUCUCUUGGCUACAUAGGAAAUGCAAAAGGAAAUGGAAAAACACAUGGCGCACUUGCAGCAACUGAAAGACUUUGAUGAAAUUUUAGCCUUAGAGAGAGAAGAAAAAGCCCGUCAGGAACAGGAAAGGAGAAGGAUUGAGGUAAAAAUAGUGAAAAUAACUGAGCGCGUUUUUAGUAACGUGAAUAGAAUAAAGUAAAGAUGGCAUUUUUACUAGGAAAGGACUUCAAAAGCAAACUCGAGGAUUUGUACAAACAAACAAUUUAGUCUCCAACUCUAAAAUCUACAAAAAAUAGGUUUGUAACGUAAAAGCAGAGCAGGCUUUAAAAAAAAGGUUCUGGAGAAACACACCUUGUCGAAACUUAAUGAUGGAAACUGCACUUCUGCUGUAUUUGGUUCGUAUACGCCUCGAUUGAUACUGAAAUGAGCACUUUUUUCUGUAUAUUUGUUUUCGUUGCGUUACGUUAAAAAAAGAAAACAAACCACAUUGCUGAUCGAUCAUUCUUUGAAUGUAAUGACUUCUUGGGAAUCAAAAUUAACCAAGUGUUUUUUCUCGGACCGAUAUUUAAAUGUUCGCUUGCAGAAUACACUGUGUAGCAAUUAAUCCUCAGUAGAGAUCUAUUUCAACAGGACUCAGUACAACUUCGAUGAAUACAUGAUCAAGUAAGAAUUGUUUAUUGUUUAAGGCUUCUUAAAUAUAGAUUUAACCAGCUAACAGAGGCGUGUUCUUUUCAAUGCUCGCUUUUAUUUUUAAUUUAUCUAGGAGGAAAACGCACGCCUCGAGGAGGAACGUCGCACGAAAGAGAAAGAGGUUUGCUCAAAUUCACUUUUUAGUGUAAACAUUUUCUGCUGUAAAAUAUUACUUUUUCUGUCUGCCUCAUGUUCUCUAGGCAUUUACUAUAAGAAAAAUGAUGUCGCUUUUUUGUAGAUGGAGCUCCUGCGGAUCAAACAAGAGGAGAGGAGACGCUUGGAAGAGCAGUUUAAGGCAGACAUGGAGGCCCAAAGAGAACAAAUGAGCAACAUGAUGGCGGCAAACAUGGACGAACUGCGAAAGGACAGGGAAGCAAUAAUUCAGCAUAACCAGACGCUCAAGGAAACAAUGGGGCAGAUGCACCAGUCUAUGGAGCAAAGGAACGCUCAAAUGAUCGAGCUUCAGAAGCAAAUCACUGCACUUGCUAACCGCCCACCUCCACCACCACCGGAAAGUGGUGGUUGUGUUAUUCUUUAA